AUGUCAUUGAAAAGCACUCUUCAUUCUUUUGGACGAUCUUUCAAAAUUCGUGUUUCGCAUUUGAAUCUUUUCCAAAGUGGAAACCAAGAUAAAUCAAUUAUCAAAAACGAACAACGAACAACUCGUCUUUACCUAUUUCUUCUCAUAGUUUCCGUUGUUAUGAUUGGAUUGUACUAUACAUUUAUUUCAUAUUCACACACUUAUGUUCAUCAAUCGCCUACUUUCAACGAUUAUUCUCUUCUUCGAAAACAUUUUUCAUUGCAAUGCCCUUGCACGAGAGUCGCAAUCCGAUAUGAAGAAUUUCUUCGACUGAAGCCUUCAUUUCAUCCAUUAUGUCAAAAUAAUUUCCUCUCUGAUGCACUCAUUGCACAUUUAUAUAAACUCUAUGAAAAAACAACAAACCGGUCAAGUUCAACAGAUGUUCAUCGUAUUGCUGUUUUUCAAUUUCAAACUCUUCAAAGAUUGUGCCAACUGGCCCUGAAUACGCUGACUGAGAAUGUCAAAGUAUUUCUUCAAACAAACUUUAUUCAAACUCAACUCAUCUCAUCCGAUGAUCUACAACAGCAAAUAUCUUCUGUUGUCAACAAUUUCAUUGACUCAACACCGAAAACAUUCAUACGCACGUUGAAUUUCAUUCAGAACAUCACCGCACAAAGUUUCCUCAUGACUGGCGCUUCAAUAACCAGUGUUCUACCAAGGAAUCAACAUCUGAUAAUGGUCGGAGAGAACAUUCCUUAUGAUGGAGUGAAAUACACAUUUAAAGACCGUUCACCUUGUACUUGUUCAAGUUCAUCUGCUAAUACUUGUUUCGGCCUGGCAACAUACAAAGGCGUCGUUAUUCGUGGUUUCUACACAGGUUGUUAUAUGUUAACUGCUCUUCUUCAUUCGACACUCGAAGUUGUAUUCAAUCAAACACUUUUGAACAUUCUAACACAAUCAUCUGACAGAUAUUCAGUUCUGAAUUCUUCAUUUUUCGAUGUCAUCACUGUGGAAUCAUUGGUUCGACAAAUGUUUGUUACUAAUUGGUGGAAUGAAACAUCGUUCGAAGAUUAUUUUCAUCAAUGUGCACCGAUCUCGUGUCAAUACACGAUUAUUCAACGAAAUGAUUUUUUAUUUGUCUUAACAACAUUGAUUAGUUUGUUUGGUGGAUUAUCGUCUGCGCUGAGAAUUAUCUCUUCAUUUCUGGUUCAGACGUUAUGGCCAAUAAUUUGGAAACGGAUCCGGCAAAGGAAAAAUCGUGUCGCUCCAAUUAUACAAAUAGUUGUACAAAGAAAUGAUCGAAUGCGACAGUUCUUGAAAACGUUGAAACAAAAGUGGAUUGAAUUGAAUUUGUUCACCAGUGUUCCUCCGUCACCGGACGCAACUAUUCUUCGUCGGCAACGUUAUACAACACAAGUCUAUGUUAUUUGUAUGAUCGUAACAAUCAUUAUUGUGCCAACCUUCAUAUCCCUCAGAUCAGAAACUAUUUACGUUACAAUUACGUCGCCAUCCGCUCGUAGUUUCCUUCGUCUUUAUCAAGAAUAUCCACGCUCACUGCAUUGCCCAUGUAGUCAGACAACGUUUGAUCAACAACUUAUCAUUGACAUUCAACCAGAAUAUCAUCCAAUCUGUUCGAGUCAUUUCAUUUCUUCUGAAUGGAUCAAAGUGAAAUUUGUGAAAUCGCCUCGAGUAAGUCUUACAACAGAUGAUAUUCGUUAUCAAUCAGAAUUUCAUUUUCAACUCCUUUCAACGUUAUGUCAAAUGGCGAACGAAACAAUCAUAGAUUCACUCAAUUUAUUCUAUCGAACAACAUUUGUAAGUAAUGAACUAUUUCAUCCGAAUUCAUUUCAAACUCAAACGUAUUUAUUAAUCGAACAAUUCAAACGAACAGUUCCUGUUUCAUAUCAACGUACAAUUCAAUUGCUGAAAACCAACUACGAAAUUAAUCAAUUCAUUACACCAAUGAAUUCUUUCUUCUCACUAACAAUACUCGAAGACAAAGACGAACCAAUCCCUAUCCAUCCAUAUCAAUAUACACGAUCAGAUAAAAAGAAAUGUCUAUCAGAAGAGGAAUCUAGUUCUGAUUCAUGCCGAUGCUUUUCUCAAGCAUCAUAUGAAUGUCAUCGACAAACACAAUUAAAAGAAAUCAAUCAGACAUUUCCUAUUGAUGGAAUGUUUCAAACAUGGUUUCCUCUUCAAGCACUUCUGAAAUCCACAUUGGAAUGUUUCUACAACCAAACAUGUCUCUCUCAUAUUACAAAGUUCAUUGAUCCAUCGCAACCAUUGAUUAAUAUUACCACACUGAAUUCUUCAUUAUUGUCAUCUGAUGAACGUCGACAUGAUCGAAUAGAAGAAUUAGUCAAUGAUCUGUUCGUCCAAUCGUGGAAGAAUUCCAGUUCAUUUCAAUCCUACUUCAAUCAAUGCCAUGCAUUGACAUGUCAAUAUUUUUAUCAAAAUCGAGUGAAUUUCAUCUACAUUGUAACAACAUCAAUUGGAAUUCUCGGUGGUAUCAAUGUGGUUCUAUAUUUAUUUUUACCAUUGAUUAUGAAAUUCGUAAUGAAACUGUGGAAGUAUUUGACUACUCGUCGAACGUCACAAUCACGAAGAACAAGGAGACAGUGUAUUGUUAAUUUGUUUCUCAAUAGUCAAAAAUGGAUAACAACAUUAAGCCUUUUCAAGACAAUUCCUGUUAACAAUGAUCCAAGAAUUAUUCGUCGAAAUCGUCGUACUACUCGAAUAUAUUUGAUUCUAUUGAUUACUGCCUUUUCUCUUCUAAUUGCUUAUACAUUACUGAAACAAGAAAUGGUAACCAUCGUUAUCGAAUAUCCGUCACUUGCAACAUAUCAACAACUAUUUCUUGAACAUUCUCUAACACUUCAUUGUCCUUGUUCAAAUAUGUCAAUCAAAUAUUCGAAAAUCAUCACUCGACUUCAACCUGAGUAUCAUGAAAUUUGUUCGAGUAUAUUUGUAUCCGAACAGUGGUUUCAAAGUAUAACUGAAUCUGCUAUUCCUAAUUCGCAAAUGAUCGAAUUGGAAACCGUCGCACAUCGACUUCGUCAAGAAUUUCAAGCAUUGGCCAUACUUUGUCAAAUUUCACAACAUAUGUUAAACAUGUCAUUAACAAUCUUCUUCCAAUCCGAUUAUUUCACUGCAUAUGUUCUUACUGAAGUUGAGUUUCCUAUUCGAAUUAAACUGUUAAUCAAACAAUUCAAAACAAAGAUAUCUACUGAAUUCAUCGAAGCAUUUAAACUGAUUGAAAUAACGAAUCAUGGCAAUCAAUUAGCUACUAUUUACUACAACAAUUGGAUAUUUACGGCCAAGUAUCUCAACGUGAUGUUCUCAAUAGGGAAAAAUCAACAAAUACCAAUGUUAACUCGACCUCGAACAUUUACUGAUGAAAAUCAAUGUUCAUGUGGCGCACAUUGGAAUUGUUCGAAACUGUCCCAAGUACCAUUUUCAGCGAGAAAUGGUUCAUUGUAUGAAACUCUUGUUGGCUUUCGUCUUGGUUGUUUACCUUUUGAUUCUCUUCUUCAAUCAAGUUUAAGUUGUCUUUAUAACAAAACAUGUGUAAGUUUGAUGCAAUCAGCAUUUUAUAAGGUGACACCAGUUAUAGCCGAGAUUCUUACAUCAUCAACACGUUUGAAUCAGACAAUUGAAAUGCUUCUUGACGGAUUCUUUGUUUGGAAAUGGACGGAACACGUUUCGUUUGCUGAUUAUUAUCAAGAAUGCGCACCCGACGUAUGUCAAUAUUCUGCGAUUGUUGAAUAUGACGUUAUAUAUAUGGCAACAAUGCUAGUUUCCGCUUUUGGUGGUUUAACCAAUGGGUUUCAUUUCUUGAUGAAAUGUUUUGCAACGGUAUUCUAUAAAAUCGUUGAUCAUAGAAGGAGGAGAAGUCAAAUGAAACUGCACGAGAACAAAUACAACAAAUCGAUGAAGGAAUCGGUGACACCAGUACUAGAUUUGAAUCUUAUCGAAGAACAAAGAACACCAGAGAGGAUUCGCCGCGAUCGGCUCUUGUUGGUUUGUUUGAUUUUCAUUGCAAUAUUAGCAAUCGUGACAGCAUCGAUCGUUUUGGUUGGAAAUCGAAAGAAAAAACAAGCUGUUCUUCUGUCAACUGUCUAUUCAACUACUACUACUAGUGAUCCUCGUGAUGUUGAAUCGACAUCGGCAUCGUCGAAGACUUGUCAUAUGACAUUGAGAUAUGAAUCCCAGAUGUAUGCGACUCAGCUUGAUCCGAUAUCUUUUGCUAUCGAUGAUUUCAAUCAAGAUUCAUUUAUUGAUAUAGUUGUGGCGAAUAGGAAGUCAGAUACACUGAGCAUCAUGUUGGGAACUGGAAAUGGAACAUUUGGGAUGAAAGGUAGUUUUCCAACAGGUAAAGGAUCUCGACCAGAAGAGAUCUUAGUUGCAGAUUUUAAUAAUGAUCGGCUAUUGGACUUGGUUGUCACUUUGCCAGGAGCAAAGAAAAUCGUGAUAUAUUUUGGAGUGAAAAAUGAUAAUCUAUUUGUUGUACCACCAAAGAUCUUACCUUCAUUGAAACAUGGAGUGUCACCAAACGCGAUCGGUACGGGUGAUUUAGAUCAGGAUGGUUGGAUCGAUGUGAUCGUUAGUCACGUCAAAGAUAAAGAGUCUAACGAAGGUGAUAUAACUUAUUUUCUGAAUGUUAACGGCUACCAAAAAGUAAAGAUCUCAAAAGAAGAUUUCUACAUAAGCAAUCUAUACAUUUCAUUCUAUGUCGGUGAUUUCAAUAACGAAGAGAAGGGUGCGGACGUAGCGUUAAUGUUGAUGAAUGGCGAUAUAGAUAUGUAUAGAUUUAGUCGUGAUUCCAUUUCGGAAUCUUAUUUCCUUUAUCGUACGACUUUGACAACAUCUGAGUUUGGUUAUGCAUCAAAGAUAAUUGUAGGCAAGUUCAAUGGUGAUGCUAUCGAUGAUUUAGCAUAUGUUUUUCCUGAAUCGAACAUUCUACAUGUUCUUGUUUCUUAUCCGACAACUCCUGAAAAUCUUCAAUUUACUCAAAUAUUGUAUUUAACCGGUACGCAUCCGACGUCAGUUGCCGUUAUCAAUUUCAACAACGAUGGAAAUGAUGAUUUAGCAAUAUUACAUUGCAAUGGACUUGUAACAAUCUUUGUGGGAACGGAUGUCGGACUUUUCGAUCGACAAUAUUUAUCUUUCAAAACAGAUGUCAUCAAUGGAAGGAUGAACAAAACAUGUUUUCAAUCGUUACAUGUGAUUGACUUGAAUCAAGAUGACAGAGAUGAUUUGAUAUUUAUUGACAAUGAAAUGAACAGCAUUCGAGUAAUUUUAGCUUCUCCUUGUACAAAACAGGAAUUGAAAACAAAGAAUCUUUAA